AUGCAGGCCACGGCUUCAACAGAUAUCAUUGAAUUGCCCACUGAAGCUGGUGAUCUAGAAAAUCUAAGACUGUUGGAUUUAUCGUAUUGCUUUGAACUACGAAGAAUCACUCCUAAUUUAAUUCGAAGAUUGUCCGAUUUAGAAGAACUAUACUUGCAUGGUUGUAGUUCAUUAAAAUGGGCGACUGAGAAUUCAAUUAAAAAGGAAAGCUAUUCCAGCCUAUCAGAGUUGAAUUCAUUGCCAAAGUUGGUUGUAAUAUCAUUGGAUAUUUCUUCUGAACAUCCUCCAGAUGGCUUUGUGUUUCGUAGAUUAUUGCGCUUUGAUGUUUGCAUUGGCAGAAGAGAAUGGCUGUACGGAAAGAGGGACUUUGAAACUAGGCCAAUCUCAAGAUCUUUGAGAAUCAGUAAGUCUGUAGAUGCAUGCAAGCAACUACUUGAAGAUGUAGAUUCUCUUCAAUUGGCUGAUGUGAAGGGUCACCCAAACCUUAUUCCGAGCUUGGACUUGGUAUUUAGAAAGUUGACUUCUCUAGAUCUUCGAUCGUGCCACUCUAUGCAAUGCCUAAUUGAUGCAUCAAAGCAGCAAGUGCCAAUCACUGCACUCUCUAAUUUGAGAAAGUUAUCAUUAAGGGAUAUGUUUUAUUUGGAAGAGAUGUGCAAUGCUCCCCAGCCGCAAGGUUUUUUACAAAAGCUUGAAGAUGUUAUAAUUUCAGAUUGUGAUAAGAUGCAAGUGUUUUUCCCGAUUGCUGAAUUGAGGAGCAUAGAACAAGAAGUGCCCAGUCGUCAUUUAAGCCUCCAAAGUCUGAAGAUUGUUGAAAUAGAGAGAUGCUAUAAUUUGAAAUAUAUCUUCCCAAUGUCAGUAGCUAAUAGCCUUGGGCAAUUGCAUACUUUGAAGAUAAAGAGUUGCUCGCAGUUGGAAGAUAUAAUCCAAGACCAACAAGUGGCAUACAAAUGUCUACUCCAAAGUCUAAGGGAAGUUUUGUUGAUUGACUUGCCUCAACUGAAAAUAAGGAAUGUUAACGGCAUUUUGCUCACACAAUCGUCUUUGCAGAAGUUAGAAGUAGACAAUUGUCCUCAAUUGACACAUUUUAUUAUUUUGACUACGAUACAAGAAUUGGUGUUCCGGAAGAUGACAAAUGAACAAUUUAGCAAUUUGCAGUCAUGUAAAUAUGAGGAAUUGGAGCAAUAUCAAACGUCAUCACAACAUCAUCCCCUACCUAUUUGCUUUCCAAAUCUGAUUCGAAUUGAUAUCUUGGAAUGUGAAAGCUUGAAAUCUCUCUUUCCAAUUAUUGUUGCCCAAGGUAGUUCUAAAAACCUAAAUGCGCCCAAUUUGCAAACUCUGAGGAUAGAGAGUUGCUUUGGAAUGGAAGAAAUAAUCCAAGACUCACAAGUAUCAACCAUAAGCUUCCAAUGCCUAAGGGAAGUACAAGUCACAGAAUGCAAUAAAUUGAAAUUUCUCUUCCCAAUUUGUGUUGCUAAUAGUCUUGGGAAAUUGCAAACUUUGAAGAUAGAGAGGUGCUUUGGAAUGGAAGAAAUAAUCCAAGACUCACAAGUAUCAACCAUAAGCUUCCAAUGCCUAAGAGAAGUACAAGUCACAGAAUGCAAUAAGUUGAAAUUUCUCUUCCCAACAUGUGUUGCUAAUAGUCUUGGGCAAUUGCAAACUCUGAGGAUAAAGAGCUGUUCCCAAUUGCAAGUAAUAAUCCCAGGACCAGAAGUGUUAAUCUCAAUGUCUCAAGGUCUUGCACGAUUGAAUAAAGUUGAGUUGAUUAAUUUGCCUCAAUUGAAAGGAAGGGAUAGAAAUGACAUUGUGCUGACAUCGCCAUCUUUAUACGUGUUAUUUGUGAGAGAUUGUCCUCAAUUGACACCUUUUAUCGUUCCAACUAAUAUACAAGAAUUGUCCUUCUCGGAGAUGACAGAAAAGAAGCAAAUAAGCAACGUGACAGUCCCUGAAAGGAGAGGAGGGACAUCAACAUGUACGGAAUAUUUAACAAUUUCCAAUUUUGAAGAGUUAUUUGAAUAUUCUGAAUAUAAUCUUUCAAGUCUAAAGAUCCUGACAUUGUCCAAACUAACUGAAUUGCGGGUGAUAUGGAGGGGUCCCAUCCAAGUUGAACACUUUCAAAAUCUCACUCAAUUGACAGUCAAUGAUUGCAGAAGGUUAAGAUACAUCUUCUCACUUACCAUCGCUCAAAAUUUGCCACAAUUGUGGAGGUUGCAUAUAUCUACCUGUGAGGAAUUGGAGCAAAUAAUUGAGAAGGAUCAAACUCCAUCACAACAUCAUCUCCAACCUAGUUGCUUCCCUAAUUUGAGUUAUAUUUCAAUAAUUGAUUGUGAAAACUUGAAAUGUCUCUUCCCCAUUACUCUUGCUCAUGGCAGCCUUCUAAACCUAAAAGGAUUAUGCCUUUCUAUGGUCUCCAAAUUAGAGCAGGUGUUUGAAGGAGAUGAGGGAAAUGUGAGUAAGGACGAAGAGAGAGUGAUACACCUACCUCAGCUCCACUCCUUAAGGCUUGAUGAUCUACCAAACCUCGUGAGCUUCAGUCCUGUGGGUUAUCAUUUUAUUUUCCCAUUUUUGACGGAUUUACAAGUAAAAGGUUGUCCCAACAUAACCACAAUAUUUAGUGUUGAUUCAGAGGUAUCAGUGCAUGCCAAAACACAGGAAUCAGUUGAUGAAAUUAUAGUGAAAGAAUCUGCUAUAGCUCAAGAAACUGCAUGGCCAAUUCGUAGUGAUAUAUGGUGGACCAAAGAGGAAUUUUAA